GAUCGAUCCGUCAGUUUGUUGUCUCGUUGCCUUUGAAUAACACCAAAAAACACUAAAUCAACCGAAAUGUUUGCUGCUAAGAUUUUGAUCCUGUGUGCGGUGUCCUGUGUCCUGGUGAACGCCACUCCCCAGGGACUUGGCGGAAUAGUGGGAGGAGUAAGGAAUCUCGACGGCAAGGAUCUGGCUGAGGCCCAAGAGACCUUACAGACAUCCCUCACUAAACUGGCCGCUGGCGCUGAUGGACCCCAUUAUCGCAUCUCGAAGGUCCUUUCGGCAACACAUCAGGUGGUCUCCGGUUCCGCUUACGUUUUCUCCGUCGAGCUGAUCGACAAUCAGGAAGCCAAGAAGGUUUGCGAUGUGAACAUCUGGUCGCAACCCUGGUUGCCCAACGGAAUCAAGGUGACCUUCAAGUGCCCCAACGAACCCGAAUUGGUUAGACAGCACAGUGCCUAAAUAAAAAAGUUUGUUUGAUGAAUGUAA